AUGCUCGAAAAUAUGGAUCUAUGGAAGUACAACGAAGGUGACGUUACUCAUGUAGGCCUGGGACACACUUCACCAAUAACGCGACUCAGAAUCUCCCCUGAUGAGCGUCUAAUCGUAACAGCCAGUGAGGAUGGAGCAAUUUUCAUCUGGCAGAUGCCCGAACUUGAGCCGAAACAGGCCAUUGUCGAGGAGCAAACUAAAGAAGACGACUCGUCCGAGGUUUCUAUCAAGUAA